GGAGGUCCUAGGAAGAAAGUGGAAGCCGCAUUUCGACUGCGUCUUCUCUCUUCCCUGUUCCAUUUCAUUUCGAGCUGCCGCUUUUUAUAGUGCUACGUGACUAAAUCGCCCGAACAUCGCCCGUACGUUUCUGGGGCAAGUCUUGUGCGUACGCCUUUCGCCCACCAUGGCUCAACUCCAGACACGUUUCUACACUGACAACAAGAAGUAUGCGGUAGAUGAUGUUCCCUUCUCAAUCCCUGCAGUCUCAGAAAUUGCUGACCUCAGUAACAUCAUCAAUAAGUUGCUGGAGGCCAAAAAUGAGUUCCACAAACAUGUGGAGUUUGAUUUCCUUGUCAAGGGCCAGUUUCUACGCAUGCCCUUGGUCAAACACAUGGAGCUGGAGAACAUCUCAUCAGAAGAAGUGGUGGAGCUGGAAUACGUGGAGAAGUACACUGCGCCUCAGCCAGAGCAGUGCAUGGUCCACGAUGACUGGAUCAGUUCUGUUAAAGGGGCGGAGGAAUGGAUCUUAACUGGCUCUUACGAUAAGACUUCUCGAAUCUGGUCUUUGGAAGGAAAGUCAAUAAUGACAAUGGUGGGACAUACAGAUGUUGUAAAAGAUGUGGCUUGGGUGAAAAAAGACAGUUUGUCCUGCUUGCUGCUCAGUGCCUCUAUGGAUCAAACGAUUCUCUUAUGGGAGUGGAAUAUAGAGAGAAACAAAAUGAGAGCCCUGCACUGCUGCAGAGGGCAUGCUGGGAGUGUGGAUUCUAUAGCUGUUGAUAGCACAGGAACUAAAUUUUGCAGUGGCUCCUGGGAUAAGAUGCUAAAGAUCUGGUCUACAGUUCCUACAGAUGAAGAAGAUGAAAUGGAGGAAUCCAUAAGCCGACCCAGAAAAAAACAGAAAACAGAGCAGUUGGGACUAACAAGGACACCCGUGGUGACCCUCUCUGGCCACAAGGAAGCAGUUUCUUCAGUUCUUUGGUCAGAUACUGAAGAAGUCUGCAGCGCGUCUUGGGACCACACAAUUAACGUGUGGGAUGUUGAGACUGGCAGUCUUAAGACAACUUUGACAGGAAAUAAAGUUUUUAAUUGUAUCUCGUAUUCACCGCUUUGUAAACGUUUAGUAUCAGGGAGUACAGAUAGGCAUAUCAGACUGUGGGAUCCCCGAACUAAAGAUGGUUCUUUGGUAUCACUGUCCCUAACAUCACAUACUGGCUGGGUCACAUCAGUAAAAUGGUCUCCUACCCAUGAACAGCAACUGAUCUCAGGUUCUUUAGAUAACUACGUGAAGCUCUGGGACACAAGAAGUUGUAAAGCUCCUCUCUAUGAUCUGGCUGCCCAUGAAGACAAAGUCCUGGGUGUAGACUGGACAGAGGCAGGGUUACUUCUGAGUGGAGGAGCAGACAAUAAAUUGUAUUCCUAUAAAUACUCACCAACCACCUCCCAUGUCGGGGCAUGAACCUGAAUGCUCAUCUGAUGGUCCAGAUUCUUUUUAUAAAUGAAUCCAUAGAGAAUCCUUCGAUUCUACAGACAGUGCUUCAGAAAAUAGCAUUUUGGAUUAUAGUUUUUUGUUUUGUUUUUUUUUAAUCAUUUUAUUGGGGGCUCUACAACUCUUAUCAUAAUCCAUUGGAUUAUAGUUUAUAUAAAAUUCUCACCACUGAUAAUAUCUAACAUAUUAUAUUUUCUUUAUUUCAUAUUUAUAGUGUGACAGUUUAUGUUCAUGAAUAUAAAGUGUGACCUGCAUUCUCUAUCUAAUGUAAUGCUAAGCUCUUGAAAUGAGUUGUUGUCUUCCUUUUCAAGUGUGUUGGUUUGAAUUAAAAUUUGCUUUUGAAAUAAUAUAAUACUCAGAUAUUAUAUAUAUAUAGUAAUUACAUAGCUUUUCUGACUGAGAAGUAGAAUUUAAGUUGAAAAUACAUUUUGUCUUUGUCAGAUUGUGAUGUUGAAGUAUAAGAAAGCAAACUUUAGGUAUUCAGAACAUUGGAAAAGUAAAUCCUUCUUAUUUAUUAAGUGUUUGUUGAAAUAUUUUAAGUGAAGUAAAUUAAGAAUAUGUCAGAAUCCUUUAGUAAUUGAAUACAAAGUUCAUAGUAACCAAGAAUCACCUUGUUCCCUAACUGGUCCUCAUAUGUAGGUAAGAAUAGAUCCUUUAAAUAAACUGUUUUGGUUAGUAUUAGAUAAUAAACAUCCUAUUGAUUUUAUGAAUUAUCAUUAACAUUUAUCUAUGCAUGUGCUAAUACCAAAUAUGUACAUGUAGGGUAAAUUUUAAGUGAUUUACAUCGAUUGGUAUUCCUCAAGAAUAUUUUACAACCUCUUAGCACCAUAUAGGAAAUACAUUUGAUUUCAUUGCUAGACUCUUUAAUACAACAUUAUCUCAAUCAAUAUUCCUAUCAUGGAAUUUCUGGGAAACUACAUCUAUACCUUUGCUGAGGUUGAGAGCCAAAUUCAUGGUGGAUUAAGCCAGUUAGUAGUUUAGUUCUCUCACAUGAAGACGUCUAGAGUUGAUACAAUGGAUUUGUUCCAUAUUACUUAGGGGCUCAGGCUUUUGCCCCCACUAGAACAUUGCCUCAUUAUCCCAGGACUAAGAAGUAGAACUCAAGUUAUCACAUCAGUUGCUUAUAAAAAGUAUAUUUUAAUGCCAACAAAGUGAGUAACUCUAGCCAGAAUAUUUAUAUACAUGCUUGUCUCAAUUUCAUAUUUAUAGUCUCUGGGAAUUUAACUUUCAGAAAAUAAAGAUUCAUAUUCUUGUUCUUUGA